AGGUGAAAGAACUUUUUCAUUCUAUGGGAAUAGAUUACUAUGCUUUGGAACUUGAUUUAACUGAUGACGGAUCCAAUAUUCAGCAAGUGUUAGCAGAUAUAACUGGCCAGAGGACCGUGCCCAAUGUAUUUGUGAAUGGAACGCACGUGGGUGGAUAUGACACAACUUUUCAGGCUUACCAGAGUGGCUCACUGCAGAAUGUGCUGGGGAAUCAAGCAGAUGGUGCAGAAGUUUAUGACUACGAUCUUAUUGUUGUUGGCGGUGGCUCUGGCGGACUUGCAUGUUCCAAGGAAGCUGCUGCCUUAGGAAAAAAAGUCCUGGUGCUAGAUUACGUUGUACCAACACCUUCGGGUACUUCAUGGGGACUUGGUGGCACUUGUGUAAAUGUAGGUUGUAUUCCUAAGAAACUGAUGCAUCAGGCUGCACUUCUGGGGCAGGCACUUCAGGAUUCAAGGAAAUUUGGUUGGGAGUAUGAUGAGCAAGUGAAACACAACUGGGAGACCAUGGUAGAAGCAGUUCAGAACUACAUAGGCUCUUUGAAUUGGGGUUACAGGGUGUCUUUGAGAGAGAAGACCGUGACAUACAUCAAUGCCUAUGCAGAAUUUAUUGAUCCACACAAAAUAAAGGCAACCAACAGGAAAGGACAGGAAACCUUUCACACAGCACAGACAUUUGUCUUAGCAACAGGGGAAAGGCCCCGAUAUUUGGGUAUCCCUGGAGAUAAGGAAUACUGCAUUACUAGUGAUGACCUCUUUUCCCUGCCUUACUGCCCUGGCAAAACUCUAAUUGUGGGUGCCUCCUAUGUGGCUCUGGAGUGUGCCGGAUUUCUUGCUGGCAUUGGUUUGGAUGUCACAAUUAUGGUGCGCUCCAUCCUUCUUCGAGGCUUUGACCAAGAAAUGGCAGAGAGAUCAGGUGCCUAUAUGGAAAGUCAUGGUGUUAAAUUCAUCAGGAAAUUUGUACCCAUUCAGAUUGAAAGAUUGGAGGAAGGAAUGCCAGGAAGACUGAAAGUGGUAGCACAAUCUACUGAAGGAACAGAAAUUGUUGAAGGAGAAUAUAAUACUAUUUUGAUAGCCAUUGGUCGUGAUGCCUGUACCAGAAACAUUGGUUUAGAUAAGAUUGGUGUCAAAAUCAAUGAAAAGAAUGGGAAAAUACCUGUAAAUGAUGAGGAACAAACCAAUGUGCCUCACAUCUAUGCUAUUGGAGAUAUCUUGGAUGGGAAACUUGAACUUACCCCAGUUGCAAUUCAGGCAGGCAAGCUACUAGCUCGCAGGCUUUUUGGUGGUAGUUUUAUAAAGUGUGACUAUGUCAAUGUACCUACUACAGUGUUUACUCCUUUGGAGUAUGGCUGUUGUGGAUUACCUGAAGAGAGAGCCAUUGAAGAAUAUGGAAAGGACAACCUAGAGGUGUAUCACACUUUGUUUUGGCCUCUGGAAUGGACAGUACCCAGCCGAGACAAUAAUACUUGCUUUGCAAAGAUAAUCUGCAAUAAACAUGAUGGUGACCGAGUGAUAGGAUUUCAUGUUCUUGGACCCAAUGCUGGAGAAAUUACCCAAGGCUUUGGUGCAGCAAUGAAAUGUGGACUCACAAAAGAAUUACUUGAUGAAACAAUAGGUAUACAUCCAACGUGUGCCGAGGUAUUCACGACAAUGGAAAUUACAAAAUCUUCCGGAAAAGAGAUCACUCAGACAGGCUGCUGAGGUUAAACCCUGCUGUUUGUAUCUGUUUCUUGUCAUGUGCACUUAUCUCUUUGGAAGGCUUCAGAAGUACUAAAUACACUUGAGUAAAAUAAAUGAAAACAGCAGUAGCAUCAAUUUAUUACAACUAGAAAUGAUGCAUUUCUUAAGCUUCCUCAGUAGAUAGUGUUGGCAAUAGAAAGAGUAAAACAGCAGGGAAAAUGUUAACUAUAAAUCCUGACUUGCUUGGAAGUGGCACGUUAAGUGUUUUUUUGAAGUUUUGGCUCAGAACCCCAUUCUGGGGUGAGCUACAACUGAUGACUUGCCUUGCAAACUUAGGAGACCUCUAUGUCCUGGUCAGAAAACUUGAGCUUCUUUUUGAAGGAGCUUUACAGUUGCAUAAUUAAUUUAAAAGUUAACUCAUUAUGUACCCCAGUGAGUUUUCUAUGAAUGCUUUAGACAUAAGAAAGAAUGUGUAACUUGGAUUUUUCUUGCCAUCAGCUCAUUUUACAAUUCAUGUUGGAUCAUUUGUGUGUUUGCAGUGACUAACAUGUAUUUUAAUGCUGUUCUUGAGUUAAUUUAAAUAAAUGGUCAAAUCAAAUACAGAUGCUAGUCAGUGUAAACUAAUGCACUAGCAUUUAACUUCUGAAGACCUGAUUCAAAUACCAAAUAAGUUACAGGCUAGAGAAUGUUCUGAUCUUGUCUGUCGUCUUCAUUGCUUUACCACCAUAACUAGUAAUAUCUUUCUGAGUCACAAGAUUAUUAAAAAUAGGAAUUUUGUGGGUCCCAGUUGAAGCACAUUGAAAAAGCUCCUAAAAGUUGUCAGUAUUUGUCCUUGCAGUCCAUGAGCUUAAUCAGUGAUGACAGCGUUGUUUAUUUUCUAUCCCAACAUGUAAAAUACUACAUGUAAAAGUAAUCACAAUUCUGAACUAUUUGAUAAAAUUGGCAUCUAUAUUAUGGUCUCUUUCUCAUCCCAUAUUAUCUGUUCCAUUAAUACAGUAGGAGAGAAAUUGCUACACAAUAGGCAGUAAAAUCCACUUUACAGAUUUUAAAGAUGUUGCAACAGAGAACAGUGACUUGUGCUAUCAUGCCCUGUGUAUCUCCUAUAUAGUCAGCAGAUUGAAGCUGCUCUCCUUUGUUCUCAUGUUAUUUUGGGAAACAUGUCCUAGACUGUUUUGAACACUGUAUUAUAUAGUUUUUAAUCUAUGUUGUAUCAUGAAAUUUCAAAUUCAAUAAAUGAACAAUUGCA